AUGGCCACAGACUUGAUCAAGGUUGAAAUCAUUCAGAGGCAAACAGUCAAACCAUCAUCCCCAACUCCUCAUCCCUUGAGAACCCUACAGCUCUCUGUUUUCGAUCAGAUGAUUCCUAGUGAAGAUUACCCCCCAACGCUUUUCUUCUAUGCCACCAACAAUAAUGUUACUGGUUCAGGAGGUGGUGCUCCUUCUACAGACAUGGCGGACAUGAGGAUGAAGGAGAGAGAUUAUUGUCAGCAUCUAAUUCAGUCAUUAGCCAAAACUCUCACUCACUUCUACCCGUUAGCAGGAAGAUUGAGUAAAGGCCAUGACAUGAUCCAAUGCACUGAUGAUGGAGCUGAGUUCGUGACGGCCCGAGUCAAAUGUUCCUUAUCGCAGAUUUUUGAACACCCAGAUCCCGAGAUGCUAACAGGGCUCGUCCCAGCAAUUGGUCAACCUGAUGGUGAUGGUGAUGGUGAUGGUGAUGCCACGAGGCUCCCGUUGCUUGCUGUGCAAUUCAACUUGUUCGAGUGUGGAGGAAUGGCAAUAGGGUUGAAAAUGUCACAUAAGAUUGUUGAUGGCACCACAUGUGGCUCCUUCAUCAGUUGCUGGGCAAAAACAGCCCUUGAUGAUGGUGACAAUGAUCAGGUACCCUCCGUGAUCCCAAAAUUUGAUGCUGCGUCUUAUUUUCCACCACUAGAUUUCUCAAACUCAUCACAGCUAUCAUCAGCCAAGCUGGUGGGCAUCAGUAAACACAAGUACAUAACAAAGAGAUUUGUGUUUGAUGCCUCAAAAAUUGCCACCCUCCAAUCAUAUUUGGCCAGCCCUUCACCAGCUCAUGCGCCGACACGUGUCCUUGCAGUUUUAGCACUCAUUUGGAAAUGUGCAAUGGAAGCAUCAUCCAAAUCAUCAAACAUAGCACUGGGGUCAAGACCGUCUUCAUUAAGACUAACUAUGGACUUGCGUAGAAGGUUUGAGCCACCCUUGCCACAAAACUUGGCUGGGAACGUUGUUAGUAAUUUAAUAGUCAUCGCUACAGCAUCGUUAAUAAAAGGUCAAGAAGAGAGUGAUGAUGAGACGAUAGAUCUAAAAGACUUGGUUGCCAAACUCAGGAAAGGGUUUGAGCAACAGAAAGAAACUUAUUCUACAAAACAACCAUUUGAUUCUAAUAAGGCAUGGCAAAGAGUUCAAGAAUAUAGAAAGUUGAGAAGGAAUGUUGACAUGGACCAUUUAAGCUGUGCAAGUUGGUGCAGGUUUGCUUUUUAUGAAGCUGAUUUCGGAUGGGGAAAACCGGCAUGGGUGAGCAUUCCUAGUAUUCCACUUAAGGAUGUGGUUAUUUUGAUUGAUAAAAGAGAUGGCAAGGGAAUAGAAGCAUUAUUGACUGUGAGUGAAGAAAUCAUGGAGCAUUUUGAAAGCAACCCGGAGCUGCUUAAAUAUGCUUCCGUAAAUCCAAGGGUCAUGUAG